AUGAAUUAUAAUGUUAGUGAUGCUACAGAUUUUUCCCAUACUUCAAUACCACAAUUAUCACAAUUAGAUACUUUAGUAAGAUGCCAUAUAUGCAAAGAUUUACUUAAAAUACCAGUAUUGACGCCAUGUAGCCAUACAUUUUGUUCAUUAUGCAUCAGAGAAUAUUUAACGAGGGAACCCAAAUGUCCACUUUGUCUCAGUGAGCUGAGGGAAUCCAACUUGAGAAGUGAAUUCUUAGUUAAUGAAAUUAUUGAAUCCUACAGGUCUGUUAGAGAUGAGCUACUAGAGUCACUGAAAGAGGAUCAGCGUAACAAUGCUGAGAAAUCUUUGAUAGAAUUGACUGAUGAUGAUAAUGACGAUGAUCUACAAAUAGUGGGAACAAAUCAGAAAGAAGAAGUGAAAAGAGACAAGAAUGAGAAGUCUGUGGGAAAAGUGACUAAACCAUCCACAUCCACUGGACUAAACUCAUUACUAAACUCACAAAGAGAUAAAUCCAAAACUAAGGAAAAAUUGGCUCAAUGUCCUAUAUGCUCGAAUUUUUAUCCAAUUCAAGCCUUAGAAAGAACUCAUUUAGAUGAAUGCCUAACGAUGCAGAGCUUGGAUGAAAGUACUGACGUGAAGAAACGCACACCAACACCACCAAGUCCUCGAAUAAAAAGUCCCAAAUCUUCUUCCAAACCUAAGAGAGCAGUUAAUGCCAAAGAUGACAUUUCUCAUGUUGACAAAUACCUUUCGUCAUUCAAUACUGGUCAGAGACGUGAAAGACUGCCUAAGAUUAAUUUUACUUCAAUGAGUCUAUCACAGAUCAAGCAAAAAUUAGCGUCAUUAAGUCUACCAACUCAUGGUUCAAGACAAAAUAUGAUUGCACGUUAUAAUCAUUACGAAGUUCUUUGGAACAGCAAUUUCUGCGAUGCUAUCGAACCAGUUGAUGAAAGUGAAUUGAGACGACAACUGGCGAGUUGGGAAGCAUCUCAUAAUCCUUCAAAUGGCAACAACGGUACUAAUAUCAUAUCAAAAAUGAUGAGAAGGGCCAACCAGGGGAAUUCUUACCAGAAGUUGUUGGCAGAUUUCAAGACUGAUAACUUCCAGAGGAAAUCAUGGAUUCUUAUGUUUAGAAAAGAUUUCAAGAAUCUUAUACAGGAAGCUAAAAGAAGUAUACCAAGAGAAUCAAAGACGACAGGUAGCGUCGAUAAUCAAAUAGCAGUUCCAGAAAAUACAGAGAAGGAAUAA